GCCGUACCAGAAACCAUUCCCAAGGAUCCCAUCAGGUUUACGCGGUAGGACAGUGGCGGGACCUGGGAUCCAGGGCACGCGAGAUAUUCCUGGACUCCUGAGAGCGCCCCCCUUCUCCAGCGACCUCUGGGGUCCCGUAGCAGCAUGGCUCGGAUUUCCGGCUCGCGCAGCCCGGAAACAUCGGGCUCCGGGGGAAAACGUCGCAGUUCAUCUAGGAGCCCCAAGUCCAGCAAAUCUGCGCGUUCUCCGCGCGGCCGCCGCUCUCGCUCGCGCUCCUGCUCUCGAUCCGGGGACCGGAAUGGCCUCAGUCACCAUCUCAGUGGCCUCAGUCACAGCUCAAGAAACCAGUCCUACCGCUCCCGCUCGCGCUCACGUUCUCGAGAGCGGCCCUCUGCGCCGCGGAGCAAUGCCUUCUCUUCUGCCUCCUCGUCCGCCUAUUAUGGCGGCUACUCGCGCCCCUAUGGGAGCGACAAGCCGUGGCCCAGCCUCCUGGACAAGGAGAGAGAGGAAAGCCUGCGACAGAAGAGAUUAAGUGAGAGAGAAAGAAUUGGAGAAUUAGGAGCUCCGGAAGUGUGGGGACUUUCUCCAAAGAAUCCUGAACCAGACUCUGAUGAACAUACACCAGUAGAAGACGAAGAGCCAAAGAAAAGUACCACAUCAGCUUCUUCUUCAGAAGAUGAAAAGAAAAAGAAGAAGAAAUCUAAUCAUUCAAAAGAAAGGUCCAAGAAAAGGAGAAAGAAAAAAUCCUCUAAAAGAAAACACAAGAAGUAUUCUGAAGAUAGUGACAGCGACUCCGACUCGGAAACAGACUCCAGUGAUGAAGAUACAAAAAGGAAAGCAAAGAAAAACAAGAAAAAAGAAAAGAAGAAGAAACACAGAUCGAAGAAAUAUAAGAAAAAGAAAUCUAAAAAGAACAGAAAGGAGGAGUCCAGUGAUUCAAGCUCUAAAGAGUCCCAAGAAGAGUUUCUGGAGAAUCCCUGGAAGGAUCGAUCAAAGGCUGAAGAACCGUCGGAUUUGAUUGGCCCCGAGGCUCCAAAAACACUUGCUUCUCAAGAUGAUAAACCCCUAAACUAUGGUCAUGCUCUGUUACCUGGUGAAGGUGCAGCUAUGGCUGAAUAUGUAAAAGCUGGAAAACGUAUUCCACGAAGAGGGGAAAUCGGCUUGACAAGUGAAGAAAUCGCAUCAUUUGAAUGUUCAGGUUAUGUAAUGAGUGGUAGCAGGCAUCGCCGAAUGGAGGCUGUGCGACUCCGGAAAGAGAACCAGAUCUAUAGUGCUGAUGAGAAGAGAGCCCUUGCCUCCUUUAACCAAGAAGAGAGACGGAAGAGGGAGAACAAAAUUCUGGCCAGUUUUCGAGAGAUGGUAUAUAGAAAGACCAAAGGGAAGGAUGAUAAAUAAAGGCUUUCUGAUUAUUCAGGAGACUUCUGAAACAAAAAUGAAAAUCUGGAUAUCACCCAUACACACACAAAGAUACUUAUGCUCUGAAAAAGCUUUACAGUGCUACUGUGCCUUCUAUUGAAUUCUUUCAAUCCUUCAAUAAAAAGCCGUUCAUUGAUACAACUUAAGCAAGUACUUUUGGAUUGACCAUAAUUUCUCUCUGGUCUAAAAAUCCAAAUUAGGAAUGAAAUCCUGCCGUACUGGGAGAGGUGGCAUGGAGAGAAAGUAUGUGAUGCCAUUGCACGGUGUUACCUCUAACUCUACGGGAUGCCUGCCCUCCCCGCCCCAUCUGAACUUGCCAGAAAUGAUCACUCCUCUGUGUUGAAUGUGUUGUAAAUAGUUGGUAGAAACAGCGGAGGACACUUUUGUGUAGACAAGAUGAAGGCAUUGGUGAAUAAAAGCAAAUCUAGAGUUUGAACUCACGUAAUAUGAUAUAAUUCACCCUGGAAAUAAAGUGUUUUGGUUUAAAUCCCUACCUCCACCACAAAGCCAAAAGCAAAGCAAAAACACAACUAACCCACAGGCUUAUUGAAUUGGAAAUGUGGACAAUAGGUUUUUAAAUUUUUUAACGAAUUACUUUAAAAAUUGUACUAAGUUACUUUAAAAUGAUUCAAAUAUACAAAAAUAGGACAUACGGUCAUGCUAGUUUUUCAAUCUAAGCUAUACUUUCAUGCUAAGAUAACAUCUAAAAGAAUGGAAAUCAAAUAUGGCCAAGAGUUGUGAUAGGGAAAAAUAAUGAAUCAGUAUUUUAGUUGUUUCAUAGGAUAAAGUCUGUAUUAUAUAAUGAACAGAUUUUACUUUAAACAUUGUUAAAACUUUCAGUUAUAAACUGUCAUUUAGUAUGUUAACCUUGUACAGAAUGCCUUCAUUAUUUUUUAUGUUGUUAUUUAUUUCUAAGUUUGGUAAAAAUGGAACAUUGUAGGAUUGUGAGACCACAGUCCUUCCCUUAUUUUGUUCAGUUUUUAUUAUUAAGUUUGAAGAGUAAAGUGGGAGGGGACAGUGGAAAUUUUGACUGUUUUUAUUAAAGUUAUUUUAUCUGCAUUAUUAUUAUAUGCCUAAGAUAAAUUACCUGAGUAAUAGGAAAAUGUGACUAUGCUGUUAUAAAAUGUCCUCUCCUUAUAAUAAACGUGUUUUUUUAAAGUC